UGAUAAAUAUGAUUGAGUUUCGUAUCUAGCAAAAUUAUAAAUGUACAAUUUAUUUCUUUUUACUUACUAUCUCGGAAUAUAUUGGUGACAUUACCUAGUUUCCAACAGUUUCCGAAUGCGAAAGACAGUAGCGAGCAUGCGUUUGCUUAAUGGGAGAACUAUACCAUAUUCAAUGCAUUAAUUGAAGCUUAACUGGAACCGUUCUUCAAAAUCAUUAAAUAAACAAUACUACAGAGUAACUGAUACUUAAACAGGAUAAAUUCUUAUUAAAUAUGAUAUCCCCGGAAGAUGAACCGUUAUGGCCCGAUAUCGCAUUUCGUAUGUUAACAAAUACUGUUUCGCAUCCAAUUGAAUAUGCUAAAGUUUUAAUACAGAUAGGAUAUGAACCCAUUCCACCACGACCAACAACUACUUUAUUUGGACAACCGGCUUUAGCUUUACCUAAUAUUUUUCAAUACGUUAGGUAUAUAAAAAGUGUGGAUGGAUUUACUGGAUGUUAUUGUGGCCUUAUGCCAAAAUUAUGUGCCUACACUGUAAGUGCUGUAGCUUUUGAAAAAACCUCCAAGCUUAUAAAAUUUAACGACGAACAAAAUACAGAUACUUACGAUGAAUGUCAAAGAGAAGAACAUGAACGUAAAAACUGCAUAUAUCAAUUCAUACGAGAUCUAAUUAGUAGAACAAUUGGAAUUAUACUUAGUCAUCCCCUGGAUGUUAUUGCAUUGAGGAUGAUGGCACAAUUUGUUGGCGCAGAAAGAAAAUACAACGGAUUAUUUAGAUCGUUUGUGGAAGUGUACAAGGAAAAUGGAAUUAUGGGAUAUUAUGCAGGAUUAGUGCCCCGUCUUAUUGGAAAUGCUGCUGCAUUGUUACUAGUCAGUUCUUCUACCUAUGUUAUUGAUAAAUAUGUUAUAAGUGACCGUGCAUUAAAACCAUUCGUAGUUUCCAUCAUGAGAUUUGCAGCAACAACAAUUACAUAUCCAUUUUUAGUGGUAUCACACUGUAUGGCAGUUAAUAAUUGUGGGUUAAUUGCUGGUCUUCCUCCACAAAUGCCAAUUUAUAACAACUGGUUAGAUUGCUGGUCUCAUCUUUCUGCCACCAAUCAGUUAAAGCGAGGAAACAGUCUUUUAUGGCGUUAUUACACAGGACCACAAGUGAUAAUUAAUGGAAAACCAAUACCUCUUAAUAAAUAUAAUUUCCAGUUGCAAAGUACAACAUAGUAAUAAUAUUACAUUAACUUGUAUUUGAAAGAUUAACAGUAAAAACACUUCUCUGCUAUAUAUAUAUAUAUAUAUAUAUAUAUAUUUAUAUAUAUAUUUUCUUUUUGUAAAGUUACUAUUACAGUAUAUUGUUGCAUUGGAAUACUUCACUAAAUUUAUUGAAUGACUUUUUCUUGGGUUUUGUGUACCAUUGAAAAAUAUACUUUACAUUGAAACCUAAUUGACGCACAAGCAUUCAAUGAAUAUAAAUAUUAAUAAACAAUUUAUCAUUUCCAAAACCCACAUUUGCUUCUGUAUCCAGUAACUGCAUUUAAAUUAUUGUUCAAAUAAAAUAAUUACCUUUAAUA